AUGACGUUCAAUUCAUGUCGACCGUGUUGACAGAAAUACAACAAAGAGACGAGCUGCUUGUAGCGACGUGAGAAAUAAAUACCACAUUGAUAACAAAGUAAUUUACCUAAUAUGUAAGGCAGCAUAGGAUAUUGAUACGAAUAAAGGUGUGAACACAACUGGAGGGCAACACAGAGGAAAGGACAUACACAAGACUUUCAACUGGCUAUUCAUAGAACUGGCUUGUUUUCAGUGCUGUUUGACUUUUGAACUGCAUCCCCCUGAAGUGUUACUUUGACUAUUCAAUUUUUUGAAUGUGUGAUUCUACUCUCAGGUGUGCUGGAAUGAAUUCUACCUACCAGAGUUUUACUGCAUUUGAACAAGAAAGAGUGAAAACCGGCAGCCAAAAGACCACAAAGCACUGUAUUUGCACAGUGUAAAUAUUGUGUAGACACACAAAAAGAAAGUUCUGGGCUUCGGAGCAUUACGUCUUUCUGUACUUCCCAUUGCCUUAGCAGACUAGUUAUUUAUCACACCUGUCCAGGUAUAAUUUUCUAUACUGCGUGCAGGUGUGCAAUAUUUAUGCAAAUAAAUAUUUAUUUCUCUUCUUUUCGAAGAGCUCUUGUAAAACACCUCGAGUGGCAGCAUUGCUCUUAUUAAUAGAGCCUAAGCUAUAUGUUGAAUUUGUAAAUAUCUAAAACAAAAAAUAAGAUUCUUUAGUGAAACCUUUUUACUGAGACCUUGGACACUGUGAAUGGUUCGUUAGAUCUUAUUAGACCGUAUUAGGUAAGGCAUUCGAAAGUGAAAAAGACGUGGGGGAAAAGGAAUAUAAACUGAAAAUACCCACAAAGCAGUGAUAAAAUGGCAACAAGGAUGGAGAAUGCUGGCCCAGCUGUCAUGGGGUUGAACACACACAACAGGCAGUUUGUAGGACAGCCUAAAGCCCCUUCUCAAUUAGGACCCCAAACUGCAAGUCCUCAGCCCAUGGGGACCCAGAAACCUGAAACCAAUGCAAUUCAGGAAGGACCUGGCAUCAGGUUUGGUGACGACUGGAAAAGAAGCCUCCAGCUUCCCUCCAAGGACAAUAGAGUCAAAACUUCCGAUGUGACUGCAACCAAAGGAAAUGAGUUUGAGGACUACUGCUUAAAGAGAGAGCUGCUGAUGGGCAUUUUUGAGAUGGGUUGGGAAAAGCCCUCCCCCAUUCAGGAGGAGAGUAUUCCUAUUGCCCUCUCUGGACGUGAUAUACUGGCUCGUGCCAAAAACGGGACAGGAAAGAGUGGUGCAUACCUGAUCCCCCUACUGGAGAGAAUUGACAUGAAAAAGGAUCAUAUUCAGGCCAUUGUGAUGGUUCCCACUCGUGAACUAGCUCUACAGGUCAGUCAGAUCAGUAUUCAGAUCAGCAAACACCUGGGUGGUGUCAAAGUCAUGGCAACCACAGGUGGUACAAACCUUCGAGAUGAUAUUAUGCGCCUGGAUGAGACAGUUCAUGUUGUUAUAGCAACACCUGGCCGAAUUUUGGACUUGAUAAAAAAGGGUAUAGCCAAAGUGGAUAAAGUUCAGAUGAUGGUUAUGGAUGAGGCUGAUAAGCUGCUCUCUCGGGACUUUGUGGUUCUUAUUGAGGACAUCAUUGGUUUCCUUGCGAAAAACAGACAGAUACUGCUCUAUUCGGCCACGUUCCCCAUCAGCGUACAGACGUUCAUGGCAAAGCACCUGCAGAAGCCCUAUGAGAUUAAUCUGAUGGAGGAACUGACCCUAAAGGGCAUUACCCAGUACUAUGCUUACGUCACGGAAAGACAGAAAGUCCACUGCCUCAACACACUGUUCUCCAGGUUGCAAAUCAAUCAGUCCAUCAUCUUCUGUAACUCUACUCAGCGAGUGGAGCUUUUGGCCAAGAAGAUCACGCAGCUGGGCUACUCCUGCUUCUACAUUCAUGCAAAGAUGAUGCAGGAAUACAGAAACCGUGUUUUCCACGACUUCAGAAAUGGACUCUGCAGGAACCUUGUUUGCACAGAUUUAUUCACUAGAGGCAUUGACAUCCAGGCAGUAAAUGUGGUCAUCAACUUUGACUUCCCCAGGAAUGCAGAAACGUAUCUGCAUCGCAUAGGACGCUCAGGAAGGUAUGGACAUCUGGGUUUGGCAAUCAAUCUCAUUACUGCUGAGGAUCGUUUUAACCUGAAGACCAUUGAGGACCAGCUGGUGACGGACAUAAAGCCCAUUCCCGGCAGCAUCGAUAAGAGCCUGUAUGUGGCAGAGUUUCACUCGGUUGACCCUGACUGUGAGGACGAUGCAGAGGCAGAAGCGGAGGUGUUUAAGCCUGCCAGAGGGUCUGACGCCCUUUAGGGAGCAACAUUAGAGAGCAGAGAUCAUUGGAGUGACUUUACCAUCUGCUCUUUCUAGGACAGUUGGAGAAAUUGAACCUGACUUUUGCACAAACAUCUCCUAUUGCACAAACCAGUUACUACUCGGCUCAUAUAUUUCCUCAUCUUUUCCACCUCCACAGUAUUUUUUUUUUUUAGUCCCUGCUUAUGUUUUGCUCUUUUGUUUGCAUUCAUUGUUCAUUUUUGGGGAGUUAUGCCUCUUUAUAAAUGACACAUUCCAUUUGAGACUUGCAAUAAUAAAAACAAAGCUUUCAGAGAACAGUUCCUGUUUGAUAGAAAACUGUAUUGGUGAAAAUGGAGCAUAGCAUGCAUCAUUAGUUGAGAAUUUUACUCAAACCUUACAACAAAACAUGUUUAACCCAAGUGCCUUAAUAUAUGUAUCGUCUCUGUCUUAGACUGGUGUAUGUCAUCGCAAUGUUGAAGUAUUCCCAAAGACAAGCACGUCGGUGCUACCUGAUUCUGUGAAAGGAUCAUUGGUAUUGAUUUACUUCUAACAUGAGAAACAUUUUCAAAUUCUUUUCAUAUUCAGUCUGAGGCAGCUGUAGAAACCAGCAUCCAUUCAAAUAUUGCAGAGCUCAGGAUUGAGGUGUCGACACUAACAUUGCACUAAACUGCCUGAGGAAAAAAAACAUCUUUUGCAUUAAUAUUGGUGCUUUUUGAAGUUUAAUUGGCAGUCAUUGACAAAUGGUUGACAGUAUUGUACAUUGGAAAUCAUUAAGAAACUUCGAGGUAUAAAUUGUGGUUUUUAAACGGAUAGACGAUUUGAGGAAAUUUUUGUAUCUUUUGAUAUUAUUUUUAUAUGAUUUUGAAACUACUACAUAAGCUAUUUGUAAUUUAAAUGGGCAUGCCAAAACUGGCAUAAUGUAAAAGAUGUCAGACUACUACAUGAAAGCUGAUUGAAGUCACCACAAAUGAUGUUAAAAAUCAAAUCCUCACAUUUGUAUGCACAAAUACGUCAAAUAUUUGUCAAAAGGGGCUGUUUGGUUCAUUUUUAUUUUCAUUUAUUCGAAGGUUGAUCAGUAGAGUGUUUUGUUGUUCCCUCUAUACGUUACAUAUUUUAGUUUUCAUUUCUUUAGAUAUUAAUGAAUGUAUGAACGAAGUGGCAAAUGAAUGGACUUUAUGCUAUUUCUUUUUGUUUCUUUUUGCUAAAAUGGUUGCUUUUAUCUUUUACUGAAUUUUGCCUUUGAUUCAUAUUCUGUCUGUUGAUACAAAUACAAAAAAAAAGACAAGUACAUAAAUAUACACAUUAUUUGGCAGUAAGGAGAGGUAACUUGUUUUAUUUUUAUUUGGGUGUUUGCAGGAGGAACUUUUCAUAACCUUGUUUCAUUUAUGAUUUUUUUUUUUUUUAUCAAGACAGAGUAUUUUUGUAUUGCAAAAUUGUAGCAUCUUCUGAGAGGCAGCUGUGAUUGAUUGAUAUUUUUUUUUUCCACCCAUGAGAUGUUCUUUAUUGUGGAAAAAUAGUUAUUGCUACGCAGGGAUAUGUGGAGCUUUAGUGUAGAAACCUCAGUUUGCAUGUUCUUUUAACUUUUAAAACAGCAGUACAGGCAAAUGUUUAUUGCAGAGUUAAAUUAGGAAACCUUGAGCCAGAUUAUAUAUAUCUGCUGAUGAUGCUGUGCUGUUGAAAAAGAAAUUUGAUAUUUCAAAAUGGACAAACUUUAAUUCUUUUUUCCAUUCUGCAGUGAUGAGCUGUGUUUUUUCUUUGUUGCUGUUGUUUAUGGUGAGGGUGUUUCUGAAAAUGAAAAUGUACAUUAAUUAAUGGGGGAGCAGAUUUUGUGGGGACAAAUGUUUACUUAAUAUUGGAUUUCAGGAUAAAAACUAAAGUAAACCAAAAGUGUGUGUGUGUGUGUGUACCGUAUGUACCCAACAAAUAUGCAGACAUGCAUGAUACCCUGUUUGAGUCUAAUUGAUGCAAGAAUGCUUUAAUGGUCAUGACAGUGUGUCUGACUGUCUGAUUGAUUUA